UAGGAGCUAACAGCAGCAGCAGCAGAAGCGCCCUCUGACAUUGGGUACAGCCGCGGCGUUGCCAGUGUCAGUUGCUGGUCAAAGAAUUCCCUCUUAGGUGUGAAGUAUGCGGUGGAGCCAUCUGCUUAGCCCUCCACGCACCUGCAGGACACUCCGGUUUGAACAGCUCAGAUUAUGCAGGUGACAAUGCUGAUAACCAGAGUAUUUCAAGCCUCAUAUUUAAGACCUUCCAAAGCAGCUUCAGUUUGGAGACACUGUCUAUUUACACAGCGGAGCUCAAUAAGAUGGAGUCACGCUGCAAGCUGUGCAUAUAAGGCCGUCAUUUUUGAUAUGGGUGGUGUCCUUCUUCCAUCACCCUACAAACUGGCUAAUGAGUGGGAAAUCCGUAACAACGUUCGUAACGAUACAAUAAAACAAGCCAUUCUAACUGGUGGAGAUAACGGGCCAUGGGUCAAAUAUAUGAGAGGAGAGUUAUCGGCUCAAGGCUUUGUGAAAGAAUUUGGAAACCUCUGCUCAAAGAUAGCAGGAUGUCCAGUUCCCGUUCACAGUUUCCUCACCGACCUCACCAGUAAAGAGAUGGCAAAGCAGAUUCCUGAAAUGACUGCAGCUAUUCAGUGUAUCCGAGCUGAAGGGCUCAAAACUGCUGUUCUGAGCAACAACUUCUUUCUACAUGGUGGAGAAAGUUUCCUGCCAGUAGACCGCUCACAGUUUGAUGUGAUUGUUGAGUCUUGCAUUGAAGGCGUGUGUAAACCAAACCCUCGUAUCUACCAGCUGUGCGCAGAGCGGCUCAGUAUUCUUCCCGCAGAGGCCAUAUUUCUGGAUGACAUAGGACAUAAUUUGAAAGCUGCCGCCCAACUGGGUUUCACUACAAUAAAGGUUAAUAAUGUCACAGAAGCUCUGGAAGAUUUAGAAAACCUCUUAGGAUUUCCAUUAAGAGAGUUUGUUCCAAACACUCGUUCUGUGAGGCCCACUAUGGAUAUUCCAAGAGAUUCCUUAAAUAAGUAUCUGGAAAGUCUAUUUGGAGAGGAAUCGUCCGGUCCCCUGCUUGUCCGGCAGUUCAGUCAUGGACAGUCCAACCCUACUUAUUAUGUUAAAUUUAAUGGAAAAGAGCUUGUACUGCGUAAAAAACCUCCAGGAAAGCUGCUGCCUGCAGCCCAUGCUGUAGAGAGAGAAUAUAGGAUCUUAAAAGCAAUGGGUGAAGCUGGAGUCCCUGUACCAAAGGUGUACAGCCUUUGUGAAGAUUCUAGCAUAAUCGGUACUCCCUUCUACUUGAUGGAGUAUUUAACUGGGCGCAUUUUUAAAGACGCUGCUCUGCCAGGACUUGAUGCAGAACAACGCCGAGCUAUAUAUAAUGCAAUGAAUAAAGUUCUGUGCAAAAUUCACAGUGUGGAUAUUCAGAAAGCUGGACUGGAGAAUUAUGGGAAACAGGGUGCAUAUGUUCAACGCCAAGUUCAGUUAUGGACCAAGCAGUACAGAUCUAGUGAGACUCAUACAAUCCCAGCCAUGGAGAGGCUUAUUGAGUGGCUUCCGCUUCACCUCCCUGCUGGCCUGGACUCUACUGUUGUACAUGGAGACUUUAGGUUGGACAACUUGAUAUUUCACCAAGAUAAAGUGGAAGUCCUUGGUGUUUUGGAUUGGGAAUUGUCUACACUGGGAGAUCCCAUGUCAGAUGUGGCUUACAACUGUUUUGCUCAUUACGUUCCACCGGACCUCCCUAUUCAGAAAGGGCUGAAAACCUAUGAUUUGAAAGAGCUGGGGAUUCCCACUGCAGAGGAAUACUUUGAUCAGUACUGUGAAAACAGAGGAAUUCCUAAGGUCGAGGGCUGGAACAUCUACAUGGCCUUCUCAUUUUUCCGACUGGCAGCAAUCCUGCAAGGUGUAUACAAGCGUUCACUCACAGGACAGGCUAGCUCAGCAAAUGCAGAAGCUGGAGGAAAAGUAGCUGAACUCAUGGCUGACAUAGCUUGGGAUUUUGCUACCAAAGAGGGUUUUCGGGUAUUCAAAUCUCAUUCAGGAACCACUUCUAAAAAUCCGACAACAAGAUUUUACAGUACAUGGAAUAGAAUAUUAAACGUGAGACCUUCAGAGAACAAAACCUCUAUUACAAGUUCUUCAGCCUCUGUUCAUUCUGCUCAGAAAGGUAUUCUGGUCAUCUCCCCCGAUGGUCUUUCUGCAGAGGCCAAAAACUUGUACAGUAAAUUGAAGGAGUUUAUAGAUGUUCAUAUUUAUCCUGUUGAGCAAGAACUAAGGAAUUAUCAAAUUUCUGAGAACAGAUGGACACCUCACCCAUUGAUUGAAGACCUUAAGCAUAAAGCAAAGUCCCAAGGAUUGUGGAAUCUCUUCCUUCCUCUGGAAAGUGACCCAGACGGCAAAUACGGCGCCAAACUAACAAACAUGGAAUAUGCUCAUCUUUGUGAGCUAAUGGGCUCCUCUCUCUAUGCACCGGAGAUCUUUAAUUGUGCUGCCCCAGACACUGGAAAUAUGGAGGUGCUAGUUCGGUAUGGAACAGAGGAACAGAGAGAGCGGUGGUUGAAGCCAUUAUUAGAAGGGAAGAUCAAGUCCUGUUUUGCAAUGACUGAACCACAGGUUGCCUCUUCUGAUGCUACCAAUAUUGAAUCAUCAAUAAGAGAAGAUGAAAACUCAUAUAUUAUUAAUGGACAUAAGUGGUGGACGUCAGGUGCACUGGAUCAACACUGUAAAAUCUGCAUCUUUAUGGGAAAGACUGACCUAGAUGCCCCUCGCCAUAAACAGCAGACAAUGAUCUUAGUUCCUAUGGAUGCACCUGGAGUAACAGUUCUGAGGCCACUUACUGUCUAUGGAUUAGAGGAUGCUCCAGGUGGACAUGGAGAACUACGCUUUGACAAUGUACGUGUGCCUAAGGAAAACAUCCUCCUGGGUAGAGGCAGAGGAUUUGAAAUUGCACAGGGCAGGCUAGGUCCAGGGAGGAUACAUCACUGCAUGAGGCUUAUUGGGCAUGCAGAGAGGUCUUUAACUCUCAUGAAGCAGAGGGUAAAAUCAAGAAUUGCUUUUGGCAAACCUUUAGCUGAGCAAGGAACUAUCCUGGCAGACAUUGCAAAAUCCAGAGCAGAGAUCGAACAGGCAAGACUGCUGGUUCUGAAAGCUGCCCAUCUUAUGGAUACUGUUGGCAAUAAGGAAGCCGCUAUGGAAAUUGCUUUGAUAAAAAUGGUCGCCCCUGCUAUGGCUCAAAAUGUGGUUGAUAGAGCAAUUCAGGCUUUUGGAGCAGCAGGUCUCAGCAAUGACUUCCCACUUGCUCAGUUCCAUGCCUGGGCACGUGCUCUACGCUUGGCAGACGGACCGGAUGAAGUUCAUCGAGCAACUGUAGCUAAAAUAGAACUUAAACGUUAGGACUGGUCUAUAGUUAGGCAAUAUAAAGAUCGGUGUACGGGUCACAUCCAUCAUUAAUUAAAUCACUUUAUGACCUGCUUGAAGAUUACCAAUCAAUAGACAAUGGCCCUCAUUCCGAGUUGUUCGCUCGCUGCUAUUUUUAGCAGAAUUGCUAAUAGGCUAAAAUCCGGCAGUUCUGCGCAUGCGUAUGCACAGCAGGGGGCACGCGCUAAGUAUUUUUACACAAAACUAUGCUAUUUUACUCACGGGCGAACAAAGCUUUUCAAUCGCUCUGCUGAUCGUAAAGUGAUUGACAGGAAGUGGGUGUUUCUGGGCGGAAACUGCCCGUUUUCAGGGAGUGUGCUAAAAAAACGCAGGCGUGCCAGGUAAAACCGCAGGAGUGGCUGGAGAAACGGAGGAGUGGCUGGCCGAACGCAGGGCGUGUUUGUGACGUCAAACCAGGAACUAAAUGGACUGAGAUGAUCGCAAUCUAGGAGUAGGUCUGGAGCUACUCAGAAACUGCAAGGAAAUACUUAAUCCAAUCUUUCGUUAGCAAUUUUGCUAUGCUAAGAUACACUCCCAGAGGGCGGCGGCUUUGCGUUUGCAUUUCUGCUAAAAGUAGCUAGCGAGCGAACAACUCGGAAUGAGGGCCCAUGUGCCUAGCAAUAUGUGGUCACAAAGAAUCUGGGUACAGUGUAUGUGUGACAUAACCUCAUAAACCUGGAUGUACACUUCCAAUAGUGGUGUUUUUACACUACUUUAAUAUUUUUUGCUCUCCAUAUGACUACAUUAUGUUACUUUAUACAUUUAAAGUUCAUUUUCCAUCCAUUUCUUUAUAUAUGUACGAGUACUUGUCACUACAACAUUACUUUGCAACAGAAUAUGGGUGUAUGUUCAAUAGCCCUUUUUGGCUGGAAGUAGUGAAUGUUUCUGGAUAUUUACUAAGCAGGUGAAGUGGUUUAGAACAUGUCACCCCAGGCUUUGCUUUAGUUUCAUAGUUGGCAGUGUGCGGCAGUCCCUGUUGCCUCUGCCUGUUGUCUAUGAAAGUAUGCUAAACAUACCAUUGCAAAUCAUGUUUUGUGCCAUAUUUUUAUUACUUUUAAUUCUUUCCACUCAUAUGGGUAAAAAAUAUGACACAGAUUUCAUUUAUAAUGGUGCUAAUUGUGAAAAAUUAUUUUUAAUGUAUAUACAAUAUCACUUUUGUUCUGAAAACAUUUAUUCUUUUUCUAUGAAAUGUUUCUCAAAAUGAAGUUAAUAAAAAAAAUUGCAUAUCA